AUGUCGACUCAGGGCGAAGAGAACCCAAAGUAUGUCAAAGGCACGCGAAUAUUUUUGUCCGAAGUGGACCAAACCUUGGGAGAAGGGAAGCUUAGGAUUGAACUCGCAAAGGUCUUUGAAGUUUUCGGCGAGCUGAGGGAGGUAUUCGUACCAACCCGUUCAACCAAAGCCUAUGCGUUCAUUCGCUUCAAUUUACCAGAGGAAGCUCAAAAGGCUUUGGGCAUAGUAACACCACACCCCUUGUUCAAAAGACUCAAGCCCGCAAAGGAUAUUGCACCGAGAAACAAGAAACACGACAAACAAAAGCAAAAGGCUGUUUCAGAGUUCGAGUUUUACUUUUCGGCGAUCUCAAGAAGCAACAUUGUGUGUCAGGUUCAUACAUCUCAUUACGAAAGACUUUUCGGUUUCCUGGAGAAACAUGCCGAAAAAGUUGGAUUCAGCGUUGUUGGAGGCAUGGCAAAAACAAAAAGCAGAACUAUCUCCUUGGUAUUUGUUCAGGCAAAGAAACGAAAGAGCUUUUAUGGAUGGCUAAACAGUUUUUGGUUCCUUCAAAACAGUGUUCAUCGGAUAUUUUUAGUUGACGCUACUAUCACUCCAAAAACACCGGAAGAAAGCAUUGAGAGCUCUAUAAUGGAUACACUUUCAACGCUUGAUCAAGGAUCGGUUCGGCUGCAAAUCUUUCCACCUCGCUUGUGCUCGUCGUUGCUAAAAUCUAUCGACGCACGGUGGGACAGUUUUGAAAAGAGAAACAGCGUAAAGUUGUUGCCUACCAACACCACGAAUACCAUGGGGGUGGUACAAUUGCUUACACCAGUUCCCUUUGUCCACAACGGUCUGUAUUGCUCAGGAAUCUGGGAAUCGAAUUUAACCGAAUCAAAAUCUUCUUCACGAUCCAGAAUAGACACUGUCGACAAUGACAUCUCACGGGCGUAUUGGAAGCUGGAAGAAGCGUUCGACCGCUACGAUGGUAGUCUUCCAACUACUUCUAAAGUUGCACUUGAUUGUGGUGCAGCACCUGGUGGCUGGACACAGUUCUUGGAAAGAAGACUAGAAUGCCAAACGAUAUACAGUAUCGAUCCAGGUGAUUUGCACGAAACUGUACUCGGGCUAAAAGGAGUAAAACAUUGGCGAAAAACUAUCCAGAACUCACUCCCAGAACUCCAGAAACAGAAAUCAAGGAUUGACAUUUGGGUUAGUGAUAUGUGUGUCAAAGAUAUGGAACAACAGGUUGAUUGGUUGUUGAAGGCGUUGGAAAUGGAUGUUGUAGGAUCAGGGACUUUUAUAGUCUUGACACUCAAGUGCAUUCACGGGCACAGCUCGUCUACAUUCGACUUCCUGGUGGAACAACAGCUGAAACGACUGAAACCCCUGGCUAGAGACUUGCAGGUCAUCCAUUUGUUCUACAAUCGCUUCAGCGAACGCACCAUAAUGGGGUACUUAAACUAA